CCUCUCGAUUGCGAUAUCGCCUGACGAUACUUCACUAGAGUUCGGAAAGCGCAGCCGGCAAAAUGGGAAUUAACUUAGGUGACGUCUUUCCAAAUUUCAAUGCCGAUGUGUUCGAUCCACAAGAAGGCGCGAAAAGCAUAAAGUUCCACGAUUGGGUGGGACAAGAUGGAUGGGCCAUCCUGUUCUCCCACCCUGCAGACUACACGCCCGUCUGCACGACGGAACUCGGAAUGGCCAACAACAUGGUGGAUGACUUCGCCAAACGCAAGGUGAAGCUGAUAGCUCUGUCCUGUGAUGAUGUGACCAGCCACCAGGGAUGGUCUAAGGAUGUUGCAGACUUUGGAGGGGCCACCAAGUUCAAUUUCCCUAUCAUCGCAGACCCUAAAAGGGAGCUGGCAGUACAGCUGGGCAUGCUUGACCCCGAUGAGAGAACUGCCGCAGGGCUGCCCCUCACCUGCAGAGCGGUUUUCAUUGUUGGACCAGAUUUCAAACUUAAACUGUCCAUGCUUUACCCUGCAACAACUGGCAGAAACUUUGAUGAACUCCUGCGUGUGGUGGACUCACUGCAGCUGACCAUGUACAAAAAGGUGGCCACGCCAGCCAACUGGACGAGUGGUGAAAAGUGCAUGGUGUUACCGACUGUUAAGCCGGAAGAAGUAUCCUCCCUUUUCCCGAAAGGUGUCGAGGUUCGCACAAUGCCUUCUGGGAAGGGUUACAUGAGGUUCACCCCUGACCCUUCAAAAUAAGCUUCAAGAAUCAACAGGGACCAGUUUCAAUGUAUAUUAUUCAUCAGUCUACAAUUACAAGUUAUGAAAAUAUUCUUUUCUUUGAACAUUGCAUUGAUGUGCUUAUUAAAGUUUUCUGUGAAUAUUGCAUUGAAGUGCUCAUUAAAGUUUUCUGUGAAUAUUGUAUUAAAGUGCUCAUUUAAGUUUUCUGUGAACAUUGCAUGAAAGUGCUAAUUAAAGUUUUCUGUGAAUAUUGCAUUAAAUUGCUCAUGAAAGUUUUCUGUGAAUAUUGCAUUCAAGUGCACAUUAAAGUUUGCUGUGAACAUUUCAUUCAAGGGCUCAUAAAGCAUCUGUUUUGCAGAAUAUGAGAUUACGCAUUGUAUUUUGAAAUAGUUUUUACGUGAAUCUUUCCGAGUAGGGUUGUUUUUCAAGGAAUUUGCAUUGAAAAGUCUUUUUUAGAGACAUAUACUUAUAAUGUUACAUAGUGUGUUAACUUAUUUACAGUGUUACCAUUUUCUAUGACCUCAAAUGUCAUGUGAUUCACAUUGAAAAAGGUUUUGGCAAAAAUAAAUAUUUACUCUUA